UGUUGUCUUGAAAUAUGCAUUGUGUUGGACUUUUACAUUAACAGGCUUGCGCUAUUGAUGGAAAAAAGAGAGGAAAAUGUGAAUUUGAAUUGAAAAUACAGUUUAAAAUACCAUUUCAGUAAAAAGAUUUCUAAAUUUUGUAGAGAACGGUGUGCUCAGAAAAAACAUUCAAGAUGAUAGGGAAAGUGUUAAAAAAGUCAAAGACAAUGUCUCAGAUAGACUUGGAUAAACCAAUUAUCAAACCUCACUACUACCCUAUUUCAAAAGCAGGAAUUUUAAGUGAGAGAAAUGAGGCUACUAAGGCUAAAGUUGGCCUUAUGAAAAGAAAUACAAUUGCCAACAUAAAUGCAGACAAAAAAUUAAAAUCUUUAAAAAAUGAAACAAUUGAAGAAAGAAAUGAAUCUGAAAGUGUGCAGAGUAAGGGAGGUAAUGAAAACAAAAAUGUAAGCAAAAGAAAUAAAGAGGGGAUACAUGUAGAUAAUGAAAGUUUAAAAACAGACAGAAGUAAGACGACUCAACCAAGUAGUGUUCUAAAACGGGCUAAUACUGAAACAAAUCUAAAAGAUAUCAGAAAACAUGCAGGUGUCGCUGCAGAAGGUGCAGGAUCAUAUGAAUAUGACAACAAAUUUUUCAAGUAUGAAGGACAAUGGAAGAAUGGUAAAAAACAUGGUUCAGGGAAAUUAGUAUUUUUGGAUAGCAGUUUUUAUGAGGGAACCUUUCAGAAUGGUGAAAUUGAAGGGUUUGGGACGCGAUAUUUUGCAGCAACAGGCUGCAAAUACCAGGGCCAGUUUAAAAAGGGAGAGCUUCAUGGUAAAGGGCGGAUGAUAUGGCCUGAUGGCUCAAUUUACGAAGGACAGUGGGUGAACAACAAACGACAAGGAUUUGGAAUGAUGAAGUCAGCGACGGAGAAUUGUUUAUACAAAGGAGCAUACCAUGACAACAAGAGACAAGGUCGUGGAAUGAUGAUAUAUCCCUUAAGCUGCCUUAAGAAGCUACAAAGUAAAGGAGAUAAGUAUGAAGGUGAUUGGGAGAUGGAUAUGAGACAUGGAGACGGGGACAUGAGGUAUAUGGAUGGAACGGUUUAUGAGGGCCAAUUUGAAGAUGACAUAUUUAAUGGUGAAGGGACAAUGAGGCAUUGUUCAGGUCUUGUAUAUCAUGGAAAAUGGAUUAACGGAAACCCAACAGUGUUACCAAGCAAGCUAGUCAUAGUGAACUCGACCGGGAAACAACCUGUAGAAAUCAUUCAAGGGCAGCCAUUUGAUAUACAAGUACAAUGUGUGAAUGAUAAUGGAGAAGUCAUUGAAGUUGACAGUAGACGGGAGUUACGCAUUACAGCAGGAUUUAAAUACAUAAAAGCAAAGAAGGGGACAGCCUUGUUUGAUUUGAUAGAAGAAUAUGAAGAAAAACCAAUGGCAACACCAUACUAUGAAGUGCUUCAGUACCCACUCACAGAUUUCAUUGUAGAAGAAGAGGAACCUGAGCAAGAUGAUGUAGAGGAAAUAAGAGAAGAGAAUGAAGAUGUUCUUGAUGAGGAACAAGGAGUUCAUAGAAUUGCUGAGGAAACAGAAGAGAAUGCAGCCCUGAAUGGUACAAACCAGUCAGAUGAUAUGAAGGACAAUGCUGGUAAAGAGAGUGCAAUGUCCGAGUCUCAGCAGACGGAACAAACACCAGAAGGCACCUUAGACAGGCAGCAGAGUAUACCCGAAACACCCAUGUCUGGAAUGACAUCAGUAACCCCUGCCUCCAUGCUAGAGAGCUCACUACUGUUGGAGAGAGACUCGCGCCCAUUGCCUCCACCUGUUUCUAAUAAGCGUUCAGAAAAGGGUGAAUGUGAAUGGAAGAAUAUCCAACUAGCUCAAGCUCCCCCCAGGUUCCCGCCUUUUGUUGCAUUAGAUGAAGAAGAAAGAAAAACUCGGGCUCGUCAAAAUAAGCAAGAUGAAAAUUUACGAUACAAGAAAAAAAGUGUUGCUGGACUUUUAGAGGCAAAGAGAAUGAAUAGAGCAGCACAUGACGAAAGAUUUGCAAGGAUUGGUGAAUAUGUCAUUAUGGUGCAUGAUGUGACUAACCCACCUUUCAUGGAUAAAACGUUAGAACCAGCAUUUAUAUUAAUCAAGUUGAAAAAGCCAAAGAGAGAAAAGAAACCCAAAGAAGUAAAACCAAAUUCAAAAGCCAGACGUUAAUGCACUGUCUUCGAAGGUGGGAUACAUCAAAGCAUAUAAACCAGGGUAUGGUAAGAUCAUGAGAUGUGAAGCAGCCAGGUGUUGGCAGUGAUAUAGUGGAACAAGCUGAAGGCUCAGCCUCACAUACUAUAGGAAAUAGUGGACAAUCUGUGAUACUAAAACAAGAACUAUAGAUACAGAAAAAGCAAAGGAAUGUUUCUACAGUCAAACCUGUGUUAAAGACCACCUCUGAACAGAGACCACUUGGCACUAAAGACCAUUACUGUUAAAUCAUUUAAUUUCGUGGGCAUGAAAUUUCAUGGUUUUGGUCAAAACCGCAAUUUUGUGGGGAUAUAAAUUUGUGGAUUUCAACUUUUGAACAUAAAAUGAGUUGUAAUUUUACUUAUUAAAUUUCGUGGAUUGACUCAACCACGAAAUCCACGAAAAUUAGUCCCCCACGAAUAUUAAUGAUGUUUUGUUUUGUUUUGUUUCCCAUUUUAACAUUUUUACUGUGUAUUUUAGCUCUCCCAAGGGUGGUCUUUAUAGACAGGUUUGACUGUAUUUUCAGUAACUUCAAAUAUGAUAUCUAUUAAGUAAUUAAUACCAGUUCUUGUGGUUUAUCCUCUGAUAUAAAUGGUUUUAGAGUUUAGAUGCAAGAGAGCAUCAACCACAAGUGGUUGAAUAUCCAAGCUUUUGAAAGAUGAUCCAUGGUGUAUCUGAUAAUAAACCACUAGAAAGUCAUGACUAUUUUCAUUUUAACAUGCUCAUAUACCUAUUUUAUGAUAAAAGAGAUGCUUCUUAUUCAUGUUCAUUAUAUGGUAAUGAAUUUCCCUAUGAUGAUUCUGAAGUUUAUGAGUCAAGCUACCCAUUGUUUAUUGUAGAAUAAACAAUGCUUGAUAUCUUAUGUUUAACUGACAAAAGAUUUAAGCAAUGUAAGAAAUGAAAUUUCAGAGGUUUAUCAGUAUCGAAUUACAGUAGAACAUAUUCCAUCACUAAUUGCGCAAUACAUGGAUAAAAAUAAGGGCAAAAUAUCCAUUUUUAUAUCUUAUCAAAAUCAUUGUCAUGUUAUUUGGAGGUUUACUGUAUUUGAAGAUAUAGCAUUUACCAUUCUGAUUGUCAAAAUAACUUGCACAAACUUUAUCUUAUGAUUAUCAACUGUGGUUAUAGUAGACGCAACUUGACCGUGAUGGUUGACCUUAGGCUGAUUAUUAGUCCCCUACUGGUUGAAAACCAGUUUCGGGGACUAUAGGAAUGCGCUUUUCCGUCAUUCCGUCAUUCUGUCAUUCCGUCCGUCCGCAAUUUCGUGUCCGGUCCAUAACUCUUUUAUCCAUGAAGGGAUUUUAAUAUUACUUGGCACAAAAGUUCCCCAUGAUGAGACGACGUGUCAUGCGUAAAACCUGGACCCCUAGCUUAAAGGUCAAGGUCACAAUUGGAGGUCAAAGGUCAACAGGGCUUUUUUCCUGUCCGGUCCAUAACUCUCCCAUCCAUGAAGGGAUUUUAAUAUCACAUGGCACAAUUGUACCUCAUAAUAAGAUGAUGUGUCAUGCACAACUUUCAGACCCCUAGCUCAAAGGUCAAGGUCACACUUAGCAGUCAAAUGUUAACAUGGCAUGAACAGGGUCUGUUUCGUGUCCGGUCCAUAACUCUUUCAUCCAUGAAGGGAUUUUAAUAUUACUUGGCAAAAAUGUUCCCCAUUAUGAGGCGAUGUGUCGUGCGGAAAACCCGCACCCCUAGCUCAAAGGUCAAGGUCACAAUUUGAGGUCAAAGGUCAACAGGGCUUUUUUCCUGUCCGGUCCAUAACUCUCCCAUCUAUGAAGGGAUUUUAAUAUCAGUUGGCAUAAUUGUACCUAAUAAUAAGACGAUGUGUCGUGCACAACUUUCAGACCCCUAGCUCAAAGGUCAAGGUCACACUUAGCAGUCAAAUGUUAACAUGGCAUGAACAGGGUCUGUUUCCUGUCCGGUCUAUAAUUCUGUCAUCCAUGAAGGGAUUUUGAUAUUACUUGGCACAAAUGUUCCCCAUUAUGAGGCAACAUGUCAUGCGCAAAACCCGGACCCCUAGCUCAAAGAUCAAGGUAACAAUUGGAGGUCAAAGGUCAAUAGGGUUUUUUUCCUGUCCGGUCCAGAACUUUGUCAUCCAUCAAAGGAUUACAAUAUUACUUGGCAUAAAUGUUCCCCAUGAUGAGACGAUGUGUCGUGCGCAACACCCAGAACCCUAGCUUAAAGGUCAAGGUCACACUUUGAGAUCAAAGGUCAAUAAGACUUUUUUCCUGUCUGGUCUAUAACUUUGUCAUGCAAAACAGGAUUUAAAUAUCAGUUGGCACAAACAUUUUCCUGGAUGAGACAACAUGUUGUGCGCAAAGCCCUGGCUCUAGGUCUAAGGUCAAGGUCAUACUUAGAGGUCAAAGGUCAAAUUCAAGAAUGACUUUGUCUGGAGCAUUUCUUCUUUAUGCAUUGAGGGAUUGUAAUGUAACUUGGCACAAAUGUUCACCACCAUGAGACGAAUUGUCACAGGCCAGAACCAGGUCCCUAGGUCUAAGGUCAAGGUCAUACUUAGAGGUUAAAGGUCAAAUUCAAGAAUGAGUUUGUCCGGAGCAUUUCUUCUUCAUGCAUGGAGGGAUUUUGAUGUAACUUGGUAGAAAUAUUCACCACUAUGAGGCACACUUUUUUUAGAAUUAUGUCCCUUUGUUGUUACUAUAAAUAGAUUAUAUUGUAACUUUUUUAUUACUGGCCGUAGGGAAAAAUUGAGACCACUUUUCUGUGGUACAACAUGCACGGUACAUCCAAAUUUUAGGUGUAUUUUGAUCUAUCUCUACCUGGUAAAGAGUUUCUUGUGGACUUAAAUUUUAUAGAUUUUUUUUUUUUUUUUUUUUUAGGGUUUAUUUCACUUUGUUGUUACUAUAAAUAACUUUUAUGAUAAUUUUUUGUAUAAUCGACCAAAAAAAAAUCCAAAUGAAAACAACUGUACGUUUUUAUAUAUGCAAAUUUUAAUCCAAGUGCUUUGUUAUAUUAUAUUGUAUAUAUAGUACAAUAUUGUUUAUACAUCAUUGACAGAUAUCAGUUCAUUAUGUUAUACUGCAGUAGAGAAAAUUAGGUGCCUUCCAGUAGGAGACUUUGUAUUGCAUGGCAAUACUUCAUUCACUUGUUCAUAUCGAUUAUUUCAUUGUAGAAAUAAGGGGUGCUUAGGGUAGCGGAAUUAGUUUCUAUACAGUGCAGUAUGCAAAGAGAUGAAGCGUUUUAUGUACACUCCUUUUCAAUAAUAGGUUGUGCCUCAUUAUGUAUUAUGAUGCAAAGGUCAACCAUCGGGGUCAAGUUGCAUCCACUAUAUCAAUGUAUCUUACCACUUUGAGGUUAUUUCUUUAUUUUAUGGUAAAGUCUAAUUAUAUCUAAAUAGACUGUACUACAAAAAGAAGUCAUACCUUAUGGUAUCUCUCCUGAUUUAAAGCUGAUGUAGAAUAGGUAGUAGUUGACCUUGACCUUUGUACAAACUCAGAUUAUUCAUUUACUUUGAUAGUUUUUUUGUAAGUUUUGGAUCAGAAGACAAAUUAAUUCUUCCUAUGGACUGUUUAAUAAGAACUGAAAGUUCAGGGAUUAUAAUAGUAGAAAGUUGAAAAACCCUGCCCUAUCAUAUCAUUGAUGUGGUUACAAUUUGAGGCAAUCACUAUGGAAACUGCCUCAGUGUUUCUCAGGGGGACACAAUUAUAAAAUGAAAACAAAACUUUGCAAGGAGAUAAUCUUCUGGAACCCCGCAUAAAGGUUCUUCUGUCAUGUUUUCAUGUCUUACUACAGCUUGUUUAAAUGGAUCAACCGUGUUGUUGCACUUAUAAAAUAGACUGGCCCGGUUUAUAGGUUGGUCAGGGCUACGGAUAUAUGUUGUGUUUUGCCAUCGAAAUAUUUCUAUAAAAUGCUUCUUCCCCUUCCGUUUGGAUCCGUCCAAGUUUACAAACACGUUUGUUUAUUUUAUGGACUGUUCAUUACUACUAAUAAACUUUGAUAAUGUGGCAGUUGACCUAAAUCCAAAACGACACUGAAUAUUUUCCAGUUCAGGUAAAUCCAAUAUUUGCUUUACAAUAGAUCUAUGACGGAUUAUCUUUGAACAUCCCUGGACUUAUUGGACUCAACUGCCACAUUAUCAGAGUUUAUUAUGUAUGGAAACAGACCUGUAAUAUGUAUGAUAAUUAUGUCUCUGUUUUUAAAUUUGUAUAAAACUUGUUUUUUUUUAAACUUCAAACCAUGUUCUCUGUAAAUAACAAUAAUAGUUUUUAGAUCGAACCUGUUUGAGAUAUAUUUAUGACUUUUCACAUCCUAUGUUUCAGUCAUGUGACAAAUUAAUCCUUUGUUAUAUUGGUUAUAAUAGGAAGAAAAUAGUUUAGAUUAAUACUUUGAUACAAUCUUAUGUUUACAGCUAAAAUUUCCCUGUAAGAUUAUUGUUUCAACUUAAGUACCAAAUAGGAGGUACUUUCAGAUCAUUCAUUUCCUUUUUUUUUUAUUAAUCCAAUUGAAUUCCCUACAAAAUGUCCAAAUAUUAUUAUUUGUUACGAUUUUUCAAUGCUUUUAACUUAAGAAGUGAUCAGUAGGCUACAUAGAGAUGUAAAGUUCAUAGGUUAUUUUCAUUUAGCCAGUCAACCCAGGUAAGGGCCAGUUUCUAUCCAGUAAGCUUCAACUUGUGGUGACACAUUAUGGAUGUGCAAGUGUUAUGAUAUCUGUAUUCACCUUUCACUACUGCUUAAUAAAGUGGCACAAAAGAGACAUGGGAGAUAUUUUCUUUCAUAUGUGCACACAUAAGCCGAUAUGUGUUUAUGCGUUAGCCUUUACAUGUGCACAUGUUAGUUCUUUUCAUGGGUGCCCCUGGUAGCGGUAGCUUUUACACAUAUCAUGUACACAUAUGGUGGUUAUCGUGUGUGCAAGUGAUAGCUUUCAUAUGUGCAUCCAAACACUAAUCAAUAUCCAUAUAAAAGGACUACCAGUUGCAUGUGACGAUCUAAAUGUGCAUUUACAAAAUAAUUAUCAGGUGCACAUGAUAAUUUUUACGUUCAUUUUCAUAAGAGCUCCAGGUGCAUGUGAUAACCUUUACCUGCGUGUAUGAAGGAAAAUAUAUGUUACAUGUCCAUUCUGUGCCACCAUAGUUUAGUUAUCAAAUAAAAAAUUUUAAUGUCUUUGAAAAAUUCUGGGUGUAGUCAAUGUGUUCAGCAUAAGACCUAAAAAAAAAUUCUUUGUUUCCGGUAACAUGCCAAAAAAAAUUAGGGUAGGUAGGUCGGAAAUUUUUUUUUGGGGGGGAUUUUUUUUUUAUUAAGGGAGACUUUUCGGAAAUUAUUUUUGUGUCAAAAAAUGAAUACAAAUAAGGGGGUUAUGCCUUUAGAGCAUCAGUAAGUUGAUUUCUAACAUCACUGGCCAUGUUUAAAGCAUAAAAAGUGCAGUUUUUCAACUUUUUGUUAAAAAGUUGAAAAAAAUAUACUCCAAGGCCAUAAAAACAUUUAGGGUCGGGCCAAAAAUUUCGGGUAGGUCGGGAUACCGGAAACAAACAAUUUUUUUUUUUACCCCUAAGCCAAAAUACAUUACAUUUCAUGCAGUUUAAUCAACCCUGUUAUUUGCAUGCUAACAUCAGGAGGACUGGUGUAGUGAACAGAGUAUCUGCCUGUACAUUUUAAGAUUUUUUUUUGAUUCAAUAGAACUAUCUCACGCACUAUCUUACACACAACUUUUCCUUGAAUGAUAGGAAUUAUCAGAAUUUUUUAUUUGUAGUUUGCUUUUUUACACUAGCUUUAUACACUAGCUUUUUUACACUGGCUUUAUACCCACAAAAUUGAUGCAUGGUAUAUAUAUACACAGUUAUCUUAACUACUGUAUGUUUUAUGAAUGUAUUAUAAUCAAAGUUUAAAACCAAACAGGAACUUGCAGAUAAUUCUGAAUGUUUUUGAUUUGACAUACAUGUAGUUCAAGGCCUUGUAUAUUUACUUUAUGAUAAUAAUGCAUUGAU